AUCUAGUGCACAGAGGAGGAGUAUUUGCACAUACACACACACACACACACGCAGUCUGCCUGCAACACAGGAAUCAAACCCGAGGACUUUGUCGUUUUUUUUGUGCAACAAUUAAUCCAAUCCUGCAGAGCAUUUGCGAGGAGCCAGAGAAAAGCACCCGGGACUGACCAUGGUGAUCAAAGUGUACAUAGCCUCAUCCUCCGGAUCCACUUCGAUUAAAAAGCAGCAGCAGGACGUGAUGGGCUUCCUGAGAGCCAAUAAGAUCGAGUUUGAGGAGUGUGACAUCGCCGCCAACGAGGCUAACCGGAAAUGGAUGAGAGAGAACGUUCCGGAGGAGUCGCGUCCGGCCACGGGGAACCCUCUCCCUCCACAAGUGUUCAAUGAGAACAAAUACUGCGGGGUGAGACACAAGUUCUUGCUCUAAAAUGACAAUUUUACA